AUGAAUCAGAAUCCAGGCGAACACUGGCGCGGACCUGGAGGGCCUCCUCAGACAGAGCCUCAGCCGCAAGGCAGACCCUUUGCCAGCUUCGGACCCAAUGGACCCGCACAACCUCCUCACGUCUUGCCUCCGCCAUCCUCGUACCAUCAACACCACUCGCAACCGUCGGGAAGCCACAGUUUGUCCAUUGCCGACCUAACGCAGGGCCCUUCAAGCCACCAGCAAGAGCAUCAAUACAAUACGCAGCCUCCGCCUCCGCCUCCUCAACCCCAGGGUCAUCCCAUGGGCAGGCCGAUGGGCCAUCCAAUCCCUCAACACUCCCCCCAAUAUCUCGGCCGUGAUAGAGAGAUCAGGGAGCUGCGGGAACGGGAAAUGAGAGAGCAUGAAAUGAGGGAAAGAGAGCGCAGCAGCCUGGAAAUGCAACAAAGGCAGCGGGACGAAAUGAUCAUGCGAGAGCGUGAGGCUCAGGAAAGAGACAGAUUGGAUCGUCUCCAUCAGGAACAGCAACAACGCCCCGUGCAGAGUCAUGCCGGCUCCAUACCCAUACACCAACCGGUUGCCAAUAAGGUGCAGAACUCGAUUCAUGGGCCUAACGGUCUCCUAGCGAAUGGAGGUGCAGGCGCAAUUCCACAGAAUGGUCCUGGCCAUUCCGUCAACAACGGUCUCUUCGGAGGAGCGGGCCAACACGACGCCCAGCGACAGCCUCAGUAUUUGCAUCAGCAGGCCCAGCCGCCAGCACCACAGCCAGGUCAAACCUUCAUGCCGGGCCCAUCCCCAAUGUCCGCUCCUGCGCAGAUGGCCCACGGCCAGCAACCCAUUCUCAAUGAUGCCCUGAGUUAUCUCGACCAAGUCAAAGUCCGCUUCAGCGACCAACCGGAUGUCUACAACAGGUUUUUGGACAUCAUGAAAGACUUCAAGAGCCAGGCCAUCGACACACCAGGCGUUAUCGAGCGAGUCUCAAACCUCUUCAACGGUCAUCCAGCACUAAUCCAAGGCUUCAACACUUUCCUUCCGCCUGGCUACCGGAUAGAAUGCGGGACUGAGGAGAAUCCAGAUGCUAUCCGCGUCACCACUCCCAGCGGCACCAUGACACAGUCGCUGCAGAGCAGAGGACGUGCGCAAUUUGAGCCCGCAGGACAAGCUCCUGUUGGACGGUCAGAUACAUUUGAGAGCAGGCAUGGCUGGGGUCAACCACUUGGAGCCUCACCGGGGGCACGGUCGGCAGAAUUGCCUGGAUAUAAGCCAGUGCCUGCUGAUGAGCCUGCGAACGCGAUGAGUCAAGAGCAACGUGGGGUGUCGACCCUACAGAGUGCAGUUACAGCAGUGACAAACGGCACGACAAGGCCAGCCCUCGCCACGUCGCCUGGGCCAAACCAAGGAGCGGGAUUCUCUCAGCAGGGUGCUGGUUUUGGCGGCGCCCCAGCAGCAGGCGAAAUGAAGCGUGGAGGGCCUGUUGAAUUCAAUCACGCUAUCAGCUACGUGAAUAAAAUCAAGAACCGCUUUGCCCAACAACCUGAAAUAUACAAGCAAUUCCUGGAGAUCCUGCAAACCUACCAGCGCGAAUCGAAACCGAUCCAGGACGUGUACGCUCAGGUCACCCAGCUGUUCAUUUCCGCCCCGGAUUUGCUCGAGGAUUUCAAACAAUUCCUGCCAGAAUCCGCCGCCCACGGUAAGGCACAGGCUGCUCGCGCUAUGAACCAACAGAUCGAGACCAGCGAUGUGCGCGGUGAGCCUGGAUACGCCGGCGCCGCUAUUCCUCAAGCACAGACUCCCCGACCGGCCUCGAAGAUGCCCCCCAUGGGGCAAUUCGAUCCUCCGAGUACAAGCAAAGACAACAAGAAGCGACGUGGAGGACCUGGGACGACCACGACUAGCCAAUCCACUGCGCAACCUGCUGUAGAGUCGUCUCUGGCCCAUGGCUCACGUACAGCCCCUGUGCAGGUCGGAAAUGCUAGCAAGCGCCCUAAACUUGCGGCCCAACGCCAGCCUCAACCUGAGACUACAGUCAUCACUUCACCUACGCUGGUCCCUCAGCUUCCUGAACCUCUCCCUCCUUAUCCCAGCUCAUCCACUACUCAGGAAGAACUUGCCUUUUUUGACCGUGCGAAGAAACAAAUUGGAAAUCGUGCCAGUUAUGCCGAGUUCCUGAAACUCAUCAAUUUGUACUCUCAAGAUCUCAUUGAUAAAUACACUUUGGGAGACAGGGUUGGCGCAUUCAUUGGCGGCAACCCAGAUCUGAUGAGUUGGUUCAAGAACUUCCUCAAUAUCGAGGAGCAAGAGGAGGUGAUCGAAGCCCGAGCACGUCCAGAUCCUGGCCGUGUCAACCUCGCGCACUGCAGAGCACUUGGCCCCAGUUAUCGUCACUUGCCCAAGCGCGACCAGGAUAAACCCUGCAAGGGUCGGGAUGGCAUGUGCUAUGAAGUGUUGAAUGACGUUUGGGCAUCUCAUCCGACUUGGGCCUCUGAAGACUCCGGAUUCGUGGCACAUCGGAAGAAUCAGUACGAAGAAGCUCUGCAUAGAAUCGAAGAGGAGCGCCACGACUAUGAUUUCCACAUCGAGUCAUGUCAGCGAACGAUUCAGCUCAUGGAACCCCUUGUGCAGCAGAUCGCUGUCAUGGGAGAUGCAGACCGCGCCGCAUUCCAGCUGUCACCUGGGCUGGGUGGCGCUAGCGAAGCCAUUCCGAAGCGCAUCAUCAUGAAGAUCUAUGGUCGCGAAGCUGGUGCGAGAGUCAUCACCGAAAUGUUUCUGCGUCCCACUGUCGUUCUGCCAAUCGUCCUUUCUCGACUCAAGCAGAAGCUCGAGGAAUGGAAGCAAGUCCAGCGCGAAUGGGAGAAGGUCUGGCGCGAUCAGAUCCACCGGCAAUUUUGGAAGAGUCUGGACCACCAAGGCAUAAACUCCAAGAACCAAGACAAGAAGAACUUCCAACCAAAGACCUUGACAAGUGAUAUUCAAACCAAGUACGAAGAGGCAAAGAAGAACCGCGACAACGGCAUGGCGGAGAAAAAACACCAGCUCGAGUACAAGUUUGAGGAUCUUGAUGUCGUCAAUGACGCAACUCGUCUGAUACUCACUUCCUUGGACUCAGAUCGACAGCAGAACUUCAACAGCGGCGAGCAGGAAAGAGUACGGAGCUGGCUGAUUGACUUCUUAGUCCGCUUCUUUGGACUCGACAGCGACAAAUUCAUCGAGCAGAUCCAAACGGAGAAAACGCAGCGUGAACCAGACGAGGUCACAGACGGUCCCGAGAGCGACAAUCACGUGCCUGCCAGGGGCAAGAACAAAGGCAAGUCAGACUUCCUGCGGAGACUGGCUCUUGAACGGAGACACGGCAAAGAGGAGAGCAUCGCGUCCGCGAGCAAGGAAUCCACUCCUGCCCCUGGUGCCGACAGUGAGAUGGAAGUCGACGAAGAAGCGGCUCCUUCCGAUGGACCAGAUGAACCCCAACAGCCAUGGAUCAAUGUGGAUAACAGCGACACAUCCGCCCGUCGCUUGGCCAUGGACGAGACGUAUCCACACACGACCUUCAACCUCUAUGCAAACGCCAACAUCUACUGCUUCUUUAGGCUCUUCGAGAUGCUGUACAGCCGCCUACUUGCCAUCAAGCUCAAUGAACCCAACGUCCAAGAAGCCAUCGCAAGAUACAAGGGCGUGGAUGGGAGAACGAAGCCUGCCAUUGAGUUGCGUAUGAUCGACAAGGGACCUGAUUAUUUUUUCUACGCUGUUGAGGGUCGACAGAACUACUAUCAACAGAUCCUCCAACUAUGCAGUGAGGUCCUGGUGGGCACGGUUGAGAUGGGCCACCUUGAAGAGACGCUUCGGAGAUACUACAACAAAAGUGGCUGGCAGCUCUACACGGUCGACCGCCUUGUCUCGACUAUCCUGCGUUUUAUCAUGAAUAUUCUCGGUGGAGACGCGAAAGACAAAAGCGUUGAAAUUACCAACCUCUUCUUACGGGAUCGAGAGCGGCCGGACACGACCAGAAAGCAGGAAAUCCAAUACCGGAAGCAGGUUGAGCGAUUAUCCAAGGAUGCCGAGCUCUAUCGGAUCAGCUAUACGCCAGAAGACCGACUUUGCACCGUUCGCUUGUUUCCAACCGAGGAUGCGACUUUCGACAAUGACUCACUCACAGACGAAGCUCGUUGGCAAUACUAUAUUGCAUCAUAUACGAUGACCGACGCGACCGAGGGCGUCGAUCAGUCGAAGAUGCGUUGGCCUUACCUAAGACGCAACAUUGCUCCUCAGAACGCCAACAUCGAGACGGCGUAUCAAGAGGUGUACGGCAGUCUUGACCAUGUCGACGAACAAACUGCGUUCAUCAGCCCCGAUUCGUACAAAUUGCUUCUGCAGGGCGACUUCGGAUUCGUUCGUGAGGCCACGACGACCAAGGGCUACGAAGCUGGCAAAAUUGAAGAGAGCGAGAAGUUCAGAGAACGGUUUGUGCGCAAUACGGCGUGGAUGAGAGAUCGGAGGGCCGAGGAUGUGGAGAAGAAAAAGUCGGCGUGGGAAAGAGGUAAAGCCGAGGGUUUUACUGGGUACGACAGCUCAGUCUGA